UCGGUGAUCACACAGCCGGGGUCUCAGGGCCAAAACAAUUCAAGCGGCACGCACGCACAGGACGGCAUCCUGUGAUAGAAGCGGUAUCAGCACCUGACACCUCGAAAACAGGAAACGCUUUUUCGGCAGCGACACAGAUGGGUCAGAGCGUUUGAGGGAGGAGCACCGCCAGAACUAUAUAGCAAGUCCGCUUGAGUGCCAGCCUCACUCCGCAGAGAAAGGAGAGUUCGUCAUGUCGUACUAUGAGCAUAUCCUCUUUGACUACGAAUACAAUGACACCAGCUCCGGCUCUGGUUCCGGUGACAUUGGGGUGGAUCUGGAGGAGCCUUGUGAAGUGGAGCAUGGGAUGACCUCUGACUUUCAGCAGAUCUUUCUGCCUGUGGUCUACGGCCUCAUUUUCCUCCUGGGCAUCACUGGAAACGGUCUGGUGGUCUUUGUGCUGGGCUGCCAGCGGAGGUCCAAAUCCAGCCUCACAGACCGGUACCGACUGCACCUCUCAGCUGCCGAUCUCCUCUUUGUUCUGGCGCUUCCGUUCUGGGCGGUGGACGCAGCCCUGGCGGAUUGGAGCUUUGGCGCGGCCACCUGCGUUGGCGUGCACGUAAUCUAUACGGUCAAUUUGUACGGCAGCGUGCUCAUCCUGGCCUUCAUCAGUCUGGACCGCUACCUAGCAGUGGUCCGAGCCACAGACACCAACUCGGGUGGCCUGAGGCAGAUGCUGGCACACAGAUUGGUCUACGUGGGUGCCUGGUUGCCCGCCGGUCUUCUGGCCGUUCCCGACUUGAUAUUUGCCCGAACUCAAGAAGGAGGUGAGGGCAGCACCCUGUGCCAGAGGUUUUACCCGACGGAAAAUGCUCCUCUCUGGGUGGCGGUCUUUCACCUGCAACUGGUCCUAGUGGGCCUAGUGAUCCCAGGUCUGGUGCUUUUGGUGUGUUACUGCGUCAUCGUCACCAGGCUGACCCGAGGCCCUCUCGGGGGCCAAAGGCAGAAGCGGCGAGCGGUGAGGACCACCAUCGCGCUGGUGCUGUGCUUCUUUGUGUGCUGGCUGCCCUACGGAGCGGGCAUCUCUGCGGACGCCAUGCUGCGUUUGGAGGUGCUGCCCCGCAGCUGCAAACUGGAGGCAGUCCUGGGCGUGUGGCUGGCGGUGGCCGAGCCCAUGGCGUUCGCUCAUUGUUGCUUGAACCCGCUGCUCUAUGCCUUUCUGGGGGCAGGCUUCAAGAAUUCCGCCCGCAGAGCUUUGACUCUGAGCCGAGCGUCCAGUUUGAAGGUUUUACCAAGAAGACGCAACGGGGCGUCUACAACCACAGAGUCUGAGUCGUCCAGUUUGCAUUCUAGCUAGUGUUUGCUUUUUUCUGUGUACGUGUAUGUGUGUGUGUGUGUGUGUGUGUGUUUGUGUGUACAGAAAUAGAAAUGAUCUGAGAACUUCAGGAGCAGUCUGCUGGCGGUCUUCUCUCUAUUCUCUUGUAAAUAAUCUCUUUUUGGGGUUCUUUUCGGUGCUGCUGUGCUUUCACUGUAUUGUAAUAGUUUAUAAUAAAUAUGACCA